CGGGUGUGGGCUUGCCGCGGCCUGUGUGGAGCACUGGGAGGCCAUUGUGGCUGGGGCAGCUCUGCGCGCCGGGGGAGGAGGCGGCAGCGGCCCGCGAGCGCCGCGCCCCGUCCCGCUGGAGCCCGACCGCGGGAGGACAGGAUCUUGAAAACUUUACCAGACCCUUGAGAGAGAAAACUACAUGACACUACACCAUGAGUGACAGUAAAUGUGAUAGUCAGUUUUACAGUGUUCAAGUUGCAGAUUCAACAUUCACUGUACUAAAACGUUACCAGCAAUUGAAGCCCAUAGGAUCAGGGGCACAGGGGAUUGUUUGUGCUGCGUUUGAUACAGUCCUUGGAAUAAAUGUUGCUGUAAAGAAGCUGAGUCGUCCUUUUCAGAAUCAAACCCACGCAAAAAGAGCUUACAGAGAGCUUGUUCUUUUAAAAUGUGUCAAUCACAAGAAUAUAAUUAGUUUAUUAAAUGUAUUUACACCGCAGAAGUCACUAGAAGAAUUUCAGGAUGUAUAUUUGGUUAUGGAGCUGAUGGAUGCAAAUUUGUGCCAGGUUAUUCAUAUGGAAUUGGAUCAUGAAAGAAUGUCUUAUCUUCUUUACCAAAUGCUAUGUGGUAUCAAACAUCUCCACUCAGCUGGUAUCAUCCACAGAGAUUUGAAACCCAGCAACAUAGUAGUAAAGUCAGAUUGUACACUCAAAAUCCUUGAUUUUGGACUGGCAAGAACAGCGUGUACUAACUUUAUGAUGACUCCGUAUGUGGUAACACGGUACUACAGAGCACCAGAGGUUAUCCUUGGAAUGGGAUAUAAAGAGAAUGUGGAUAUCUGGUCUGUUGGGUGUAUUAUGGCAGAAAUGGUCCUCCAUAAAGUCCUGUUCCCAGGAAGAGAUUAUAUUGAUCAAUGGAAUAAAGUUAUUGAACAAUUAGGAACACCGUCAGCAGAUUUCAUGAAGAAACUACAGCCUACAGUGAGGAAUUAUGUAGAAAACAGGCCAAAAUAUCCGGGUAUUAAAUUUGAAGAGCUCUUCCCAGACUGGAUAUUUCCAUCAGAAUCUGAUCGUGACAAGUUAAAAACCAGCCAAGCUAGAGAUUUAUUAUCAAAAAUGCUUGUAGUAGAUCCAGACAAGAGAAUUUCUGUAGAUGAAGCCUUACGUCAUCCUUAUAUUACUGUUUGGUAUGAUCCAGCUGAAGCAGAAGCUCCUCCACCUCAAAUCUAUGAUGCACAACUGGAAGAAAGAGAACAUGCAAUUGAAGAAUGGAAAGAAUUAAUAUACAAAGAAGUAAUGGAUUGGGAAGAAAGGAGCAAGAAUGGUGUGGUAAAAGACCAGCCCUCAGCACAGAUGCAGCAGUGAAUAGCAACACCAGUCCUUCCCAGUCAUCAUCUAUCAAUGACAUUUCAUCCAUGUCAACAGAGCAAACAUUGGCCUCAGAUACAGACAGCAGCCUCGAUGCCUUGACAGGACCCCUCGAAGGAUGUCGGUGAUCAGCCAGGAUUGCAGACUUGAUCUUGGAAAAGAACUCUUGCUUCCAUUGGGCCUGAAUUGCUUGUAAGUUAAUGGAACCAAGUAGAAAAACUCCAUGUUCUGCAUGUUCUGCUAAAGUAAUGCCUGUUUUUUUACUCAGUUGUUAUGAAAUUGCCUGCUUAAUGUUGUAGAAUGAAAGCAAAUCAAUGUCUAAAGAACAAAAAAUUUAAAGUUAGACACUGUUACAGGCUUUUCUUCAUUUCAGCCUAUUUCAGGUGAGCAGUUAUAAUUGACUUUUAGCCAAUAGCUCCUCUUAAGUGGGUUCAUGAAUCUUCAGUCCCAACUGGCAGGCUUCUGUGACACAAUGGUUGUUUACAUUUUAAUACAGUAUUGCUCAUUAUUAGGUUUUUUGAAUGUAUCGUCUCUAUGAAGUUGGAUUUACCGUGUGACUGUGGCAGUUUGCUUUAUUUAACAACUGGAGUGUUAUAUCUAAGUGUGAACUCGCACAUCAAACACUCUCAGAACUAUGUUUAAAGGGCAGUUAUUUUUCCACAUAGCACUUUUUUUAACUGAGCCCUUUCUAUCUUCACUUUCCAACGAUGCUGUCUAUCUUCUUGUAGAAGAGAUAAACAUGAAGUUUAAAGAAUAUGGCCAUUACUUUUUAUUUCAUCUAUGACUAUGUCUCUAACUUCUUCAGUUUUUUAAACAUAGAUGGAAGGUACAGUGGCUUAAUUAAAUCGUAAGGAAGGAUGAGUGACUUACCUGUGAAGCAGUGCCUGUUUAGAAGAGGAGAGAAUGCUAAAAUGUUCUAUAUUUUCUAGCUUGUGAUACUGGUCCUUUAACAAAAACAAACAGAAAAAUAAAUAUGUCAUGCUCUUCAUUCACUGCAAACUCUGAUAAAAGGACAGGUGAGUUGGAGAGACUCGCAGCCUCAAAAAGAGCUGCAUAAAUGUUUUCCAUUUUUUUAAUGGGUCCAUUCUAUCUAGUGAGUAACGUAAGAAAUAAAAAUACAGUAGUUUUGAGUCACUUAUAAAUUAACAAACCCUAGCUCUGUUACCACAGUAGGAAAACCUCUCCAUUUGUACUGGGGGAGGAAAACAUUUAAUACAUAUUUUCUAAAUACAGUGUCAGAGAAGAAGAGAUUAUUUGCUGUUUCAAUACAGUUUUCAGAAUCAGGUAAUACAAACAUUGCCUGUACAUUGCAUGAUAUGUUGAAUUAGAAAAUGCGUUUGCAGUAGAGUAGGGCUUAAAUUGCUUUAUACUACACACUUGUGAAUUUGGGCACAUUCAGUUUGGAGUGCACAGGUGUGAAACUUUGCUAAAGGAUCUUGUGUGUGUGUGUGUGUGCAUGUGUGUGAGAUUAAACUAUAUAAGAGUAAUAGAUGUACACGAUGAGGUAAAACACCACUUUUCUUAAAGGCACUAUAUUUAGCUGUUGAUCCAGAUACUCUUGACUUGAAUAUAUAAAUAGAACUUAUAAGAUAUACUGGCCCAGCCAGCCACUGCAUUACUGACAUAUUUCUCUUGGAAAAGAAAGUUGUCCAUGGUUUCUGACCUUACAAUUUGAAAAGCAGCAAUUUCUCUUUAUGCAAACUUUGCUUUUAUAUUACAAUUUUGCCCCUUUUUAAUGGCUUAAUUUGCUGUAGCAAAAAUAUUGAGGUUUUACUGUCCCAGGAGAUUAAAUACUUUGGUGUUUUGGUUUUUUUAUUUUAAUAUGAUGUUAACUUCCAAAUUGUCAUCUGGAAUCUUGUAUUCUUAAAAUUCUGUUUAAUUGAAUUGUGGGAUGUUUAGGCUUGCGUUUUUUCCUUGUUUUCUUUUAAACCUACAGAUACCUUAAUUUAUCUUUGGAUACUGACAGUGCAUGUGAAGCAUUUUUAGUGCAUUUUUGUUACUGGAAAAAGCAUUUUAAAAUACCUAUUUACCAUAUUGCAGAAUGGUACAGGUUGCUAUUCCUCUGUGGUUUUUAAAUCCCUUUUAUUUGUGUACAUUAGAACUACUGAAGGCACCUAUUCAACAUGAACAGUAGUGAUGCACUAUGGAAGUAAUCUACUGGAUCUCAUUUUCAAAGGUUUUUUAAAUUGUUUUCAGCUGAAGUUGCACUGUGCUACGUUAGUUUUAACACCGCAUUAGGAGACGCAACGCAACGAAGUUUUGCUUUUUAGGCGUGUAUGUUUUGGAUAUUUGCAGAGUUGAAUUUUUCCUCUUGGACUUGGGCUGCUCAGAACAAGGGGGAGUUGGACCAGGUGACCUCCAGGUCCCUUUCAACUUAAAUUAUUCAGUGAUUCAAAUUAUCUUUUGGUGGUUUUUAACACAACUGCCCUAUGUCCAUGAUUUGAACUGGUAUCCAACUUUCUAAUACACACUAGUAGCUUGAAUAUGUUCUCUUGGAACAAAAAAAACCUCCUGAGAUUGACUGAGUUUAUUUGUAAAUCUUGUUGCAGGAAAAGCUGCCUCAUACCUUAUUUUUCUAAUGCCAUCUUGCUGUGGCACACAUUGAAGCUCCAAAAUGUUACAGAAAUGUUGCUGCCUCCGGAGCACACAUGAAAUGUCUGUGAAUAUUGUGGAUUUUGAUUCCAUUAUUAUUUAAAACCAAAUUGCUAAUGACCUGAACGAACACCCAUUUUAAGGAGGCACAUACACAGAUUACAGAUUACAGAAAACUCAUGCAGAAUAGGCGCAUGCUAAAGUUCCUGUGCUGGUUCAUUGUGCACUUGCAGACUAUCAAUGCACUGCAUGUGGGUGAGGUACACGUGUAUAGUCGUAUUCCUGACUGCAGAUCAAGCCCAGUGCCACGUUUGUGAAAUGGUCCUUGAUGCUGGGAGAACAAAAUGGAAAACAAGAUGCACAUGUAACUUGACAGGGGUUUAAAAGUUUAGAGAGUUUGAUGUGCAAUAUAAUCACUUUUAUUUCUAAUACUAAAAUAAUGUAUGUAAAGUGAUGCAGUUGACCAUUUUUUUGCACUUUGGCAUUUAUAAAUAUUUAUAUGUAUUUAAAGAUUAAGAAUGUGUGUGUGUAUACAUAUACAUUAUAUAUUAAGAAACCUGCUCAGUUUUCUUAACAGGAAUGUUACUUUGAGAGACUUUGUAUAGUGUUAAACACUACUGCGGCAUACAAACAGUUCAUGAAAUCUGACUAAAAAUAAGUGGUGGUCAACAUAGAUACAAUCUGUAGUCUUAACUGCUCACCUGAAAAAAAUAAUCUAUGGCUAUUGAUCAGAUUAUUUACCAGAAAUGUUAUGCAAAGUGUAUGAACACUGAGUAGCUGAAUGGCAUUGCAGAAAUGGAGUAUGUUUUAAACAGUUCAUUUCAUCUGUGCUCAUAUCAUUUUUCCUCAAAAAAACCAACAAAACCAAACUUAAAAAGAGAAGCUUGACCUUUAGAAAUCUGGAUAAGCAGCCUGCGACUGUGCUUUGAGGAAAUACUGUGAUAUGACAAGUCUAGGUCUUUAUUGAAGACGACGAGAGAUGAAUGUCAAAAUUAAGGCUUUGUCUGCAUGAAUAAUACAAAAUAAACUAGUCUUUUGAUUGGAAAUUAGUAUUUGCAAACAG